AUCAACUUCUGAAGGACAAUUUAAAAGCAACCCAUAAUUAAAUGGACACUUAAUCUUUGACUCUGCAGUAGAAAAAGAAACUAUCAAAGCAGAGGAGUGUGAAUUUGAAGGAGGGACCACGACGAUAAGAGAAGUUAGAAGUUCCCUGUUUCCAAACAGAGAAGGAAGAGAAGCAGCAUUAAACAUUAAGCUGUCAGAACCUCGAGAUGAAACUCUGCCACAUUUUCUUCUGCUCCAUUUUCCUCUACCUGCAGGAUGGAAACACUGGACUUAAUGAUGAAACUCCCGUCUAUGAAGGAGUGGAAGGAGGAAACAUCACAGUUACAUGCAAAUUUUAUAUCCCCGGAAGUAAGACAUUGUUCUGCAAAGACCAAUGUAAAAAAGGAAACAUUCUCAUUGAAACACCUGAUUACACAGCUCAGAGCGGCAGAUACAGCAUUGAAUAUGAAAAAGAUAAUUUCUUAACUCCUAUUGUGCAUGUGAGCAUCACACAGCUGAGCAACUCGGAUUCAGGACGGUACAGCUGCAGACUGGACACAAGUUUUGAACCAUGUGAUUUUCAGCUUGUCAUCACAGGAGGUUUGUCCUUGGAGCUGGUUAUACGUUUAUCUGUGGUGGUGGUUCUGCUGCCUGUUGUUCUGCUGCUCAUCUACAAAAUCACGGCCGAGGGCUCUAACAGUUUGAACUGCAGGAGACACUCAGCAUAUGACCACACUGAGAUUGGUCUCAGUGAAAUCGAUCGUCCAGUCUCCUCAUGUGAAGACUCGACCUACCAAAGUCUCAAUACAGCGAGCAGAGAUCACGACCAAACCUACUCUACACUCAGACACAAUAACCAGUUUUCAGACAUGAACUCCUGUUAAGCUGAAUGACUGCAUGAACAGUCAUUUUUCCUUCUGAAGGAAAAAUUACUUUUUAAACCAAGUUACCAGGGUCAGUGAUGAAGAUUUGAUCAUCAAAGAGCUGUAAAAGCAGGAAUGAGAUUAUGGACCUCUUAGAAUCCACAAGUCAAUCUCAUCAAUGUCACCUUCUCCCAUUGCUUCAUCCUUUUCAACCCAGUAUCACGACCAAACAUGUAAUAGACGCGUUGCUCCACCAUGUACAUGUCACACUUUGCUCCUUUCAAAACUGAAAUGCACACGCAUGCAGAAGUUGCAGUAACAGCAGAGGGAGAUUUUACUUCAAGCCAACAUGAAAACAAUUACAGAAAAGCCUUUAAACAGAAGUUAUCAACACACACACACACACACACACACACACACACACACAUAUAUAUAUAUAACACCCAUCUCGCCCCUGCGGGCGGUUUAUCCUUCAAG